AUGUAUGACCCAUCGUGGGACACGUACUAUGCACGGCCAGAACGUGCGGAGGCGAAUUACGCGGAGGACGCAUGGAGUGGCCCUGGGAGCAACAGUGGCUGUGGAAGCAACAGGGCAACAUGUCACGAUGAAUCGUCCUUCAAAUUUGUCUGGUCCGAAAUCUUCCGAAUUGUUUUCGAGUUGACUGGUAAACCCCUUCGAUUUAAGCGUGUCCAUCAUGGUGGGAAGAUAUUGGGUCUACUUUCUGAUAUGGAAGCGGCACCACUUCUUGGGUUCGCUGCUGCUCUUUGGGAAGAAAUGACACCGGAGUAUAAGGCUCGGAUCGGUAACCCUGAAUCGACCCUAUCUUACGUUCUCCGGAUUUGUAGCGUCCAUUUCAAUCGCGGCAUUGACGAUUUAAAGCAUCUGUCAAAAGAAACUCGAGGGCAGUUGCGUGAGCUUCGUCACGUCAAGACGCAGGCUGAGCUGGACAAGUUUGAGCUGUGGCUUGGUAGUAUCGAUGAUCCGACUGGCCGUACUCAAAGAUGGCUGGACCACAAGAAAAUGCAUCGGUGGCUUCUUCCAGCCCUCAUUCAGUUUCGCUCCAACAUCGGCGCCGACUGGGAUCUUCUCGAGCCAAACACGAACCUCGGAGAAGGUCAGCAUCGAUGGAACAACAUCCAAACCGGCACAGACAUGGGAAUCAUAGAAUCGAUGGAGAAGUACGAGGCGCUCGAUGCUUCUAUUGAGGCCCAGCUUCGGCAAGAGGAGCGAACAGGUGAUGCGCGGAACCCACGCAACGGCGUCGCCACCCGAUAUCUCAGUCGAUACACUCGACGACUCUCCGCGGUUGAGAAGAGCCGUCGAGUUCGAUUUGUCGACAUCAAGGUUCGAUUGCGUGGAGUCGGUGUGGCUGAGGCGAAAGCUGAGCUCAAAAAGGCAAGGAAACUGGCAAAGUCGCGACCGUCAGCGCAAGCUCAAAAUCAAGUUGCGGUGUGCGAGAAACAACUUCAGGUGUCUAAGACAAAGCUUUCAAAAGCCAAAGCUGAGGCCAAGUCUAACUCGUCGGGACGGGUGUCCGUUGGUCGACCUCGGAUUAGCGCACAAACCCAGAGCUACCUGGCAACUGUUGAAGAGCUUGAGGAAGACGCGGCGGACAACUCUCAGCCUCUCGUCGAUAUUGUCAUGGAUUUGAGCUCAUCAGCUCAGUCUCAAGGCAAUGUGACCGCUCCACUGAGUCCUGCCGCGGAUAUCCCUGCAGUGCGCCGCUCAACGCGUCCGACGCAGCCAGCUCUUGAUCGGCGAGUGAUAUCGGAGUCCACAACUACUAAACGCGCGCGCGACACAGAGAGCUCGGGUCACACAUCAAGGAAGCGCAACAAGUCUGGGCCCGCCAACACACGCAACAAAGGCCUCAAUUUAGACUGGGAGAUCUAUGUUGAUGGGAAGGUGACUCCGAUUCGAGAGUAUGCGAGAAUGCAUUUCGAUGCAUUUGCGGUGGAGUAUCCAGAGUAUGUAGCUGUUUGGAAGGCAGAAAAUCAAUACGUAGAAUUUGCGUAG